GUUUCGGAAGAAUGCGCGGAUGUCGGUCGCGCACGUUGACCUCAUUCUGUAGCGGUAGGAUUGCAUUUGCUCGCGCUGUCUUUUUUUCCAUGUAACGCCAUUUCCGUACGUUCGUAUGACUCUUGUCUGCUUUGUUUCUCGUUACUCUCGCCAUGUGUUUGAUAGCAUGUCAUGCUCGCUUUCGCAUAGUAGAGCCGCAGGCCUGACAGCCACCAUGUUUGCCGCCUGGAGCAUCCUGUAAAAUCGAAGAAGCGGAAAGUCUCGUAGUCCGCAAGCUUGCAGGCCUGAACCGGUGUCCAACUUUUCUCGCUCAUCGCCGCUGCGCGGCGGCAUCUUGUGCCCUUUUGCUCUCGGCGACCUCUUGAGAGUCUGGCGGGCAUGGAACAUACGAACUCAUGCGCGUUGCGCUCACGGCAAUUCGACCAGCCAACUUCAGGUCCAACUCCAGCCCGGUGCAACGCCUCAUUCUUGGAUGUCUCGCAGCAUCUGACUGAGACAGAGACUCCUCCUGAGACGCCCACACGCUCCGACUCUGUUACAUCGACACAUAUCAAGCGGACGACGAACAGGCUGCCUGCUUCCGAGCAGAGGCAAAAGGAGUCCAACGCGGCAACGGAAGGGAUUCUUCAUUUUUCCGCACGCUCGGGAGACUAUGAAGUCCUCAAGGGAAGCAAACUGGGUUCUGGCCGCUUCAGUAGUGUGUAUUUAGCGCGUAUCAUCCCGCCAACCACGCAAGAUCAAGUCCAAGGUCCUUUGACUCCUCCUGCCACGCCUACAGGACCGCAAUCAAGAGGUGUGUGGUCCGGGCCACAGCCAUCCGUCUAUGCCAUCAAAGUCGCUGUCGACAAGAGUACUGCCAAAACUUUGCGGGGAGAAGCACGCAUCUUAUCUCUGCUUUCCCAGAGCCCCAAGUCCAGCCAGAAUAUCGUGUGUUUUCACGGGUUCGAUCCGCGCUGCAACUCCUUAGUUCUCGCGGCGAUGCCGGGCUCAUUGGAGGACCUGGUGAACGGACAACUCCAGUUUCUUGAUCUGGCCACGCGAACGGCGAAGCUGGGAGCUAUUUUCCUCCACAUUGCUCGCUCCCUCACAUCCGGCCUCGCUUGGAUGCACUCCUUAGGAGUCGUACAUGCGGACAUCAAGCCUCCAAACAUGUUGCUGCGCCCCGAUAUGCCGGUUCAAAUCCCGCUCUCCGGUGGCCAGCAACUGCUUGAUCUGUCCUUCACUCCCGUCUUUGCAGACUUUACGUCCUCGUUCACCACGACGGACGAUUCGAAAACGAUUUCAUCCGUGGGCGGAGGAACGUACGAUUACAUGGCCCCUGAACAGCUCGCUCCUCCUUUCCCGGUCCCCAAUUUCAAGAUGGACGUGUAUGCACUUGCAGUGAGCUUGUUGCAGGUGACCACCGGCUUCAGCCCGUUCAGGGAGGCAGGCUCAAAUCGUCACAUGAAGAUGGCAAUGAUAAAAGAAGGCAAGGCACUUUCUUGGGCAAUGAGAGAUGCAAUUAGCGCCGCGAGGCUAAAGGGCGUCGCUGAUGUCAUGUUGGCAAGGCACGCGAUAGACCUGAGAGCUUUGCUCGAGCUAGGUCUUAGGAAAAAUCCGAACGAACGACUCGAUGCGGCCUCGUGGAAUCGACUGUGGUAAGACCCUGUAUUUAAUAUCAGCUUAAAAAGCAUGAGGCGUAAAUAUUGAGCUUUGGUUGGCGUUUUGUUGCUAAAUUUCCAGAGGAGGGCUUAUAUUUGGACCUCAAAAUGUUCAUGUAUUUUACGCCUCGUGAUCUCGACCAUAGGUCUUGCGAAGACAUGGGACGACGAGACCUCGCGACUUAAACAAUGUAAGAAUACUGUAG